CUAUGCUAAUGGGCCUUAAUGGGCCAAAACAGGCCCAAGUAGGCCGAGUAGGCCUAACUGGCCCUAAAUGGGCCCGAGGGGCCUAAACGGGCCUCGCCGAUUGGGCCCCGUACCGGGGCGGUGUAUUGGGCCUCUGAACAGUAGUAGGCCGGGGUAACAUACCCCAACACAAGUCCCCCAGUUUCUUGAGUAGUGAGCCUGCAAAUCUACUCGAGAAAGUAUAAUCCUGCUCACGUCCUUCCCUGCCUUCCCUGAAUCAGAGUCUUGGAAUAAUCUCGGACGCAAGGCAUGCAUAAGCCCUAAGUGAGGUGCAAUCCCGCACUAGGCACGACGGCGCUGAAAAGCCAGUCGUUCGUGCUGUAUAAAGCGGCGGUCGUCAUCCUAGAGCAAGGAUGGAUGAGCCCGACCGAGCUGAGAGCCAUGCGCGACGGUGCUGUGGAGACCGUGCGUGCUGCAUAAGAGCGACGGUUGCCAUCCCAGAGCAAGGAUGGACGAGCCCGCCAGAGAGCCAAGCACGACGGUUUGUUUUUCAUUUGCCACAGGUCAGCACCAAAAUUGAGGUGCAAGCCGUUCGGUUAAUUUCUGUUGGUUGUUCUUUGUUUCCUGAACGCGCAAGUCAUCAAUGUUUAACGCUUGCUGCGCCCCCGAGCACCAUGUUUCAGAUGCAUGCCGUCCGGUCCAUUACCGUCGACUGGUUGUUCCCUGAACGCGCAAGUCAUCAAUGUUUAACGCUUGCUGCGCCCCCGAGCACCAUGUUUCAGAUGCAUGCCGUCCGGUCCAUUACCGUCGACUGGUUGUUCCCUGAACGCGCAAGUCAUCAAUGUUUAAUGCUUGCUGCGCCCCCGAGCACCAUGUUUCAGAUGCAUGCCGUCCGGUCCAUUACCGUCGACUGGUUGUUCCCUGAACGCGCAAGUCAUCAAUGUUUAAUGCUUGCUGCGCCCCCGAGCACCAUGUUUCAGAUGCAUGCCGUCCGGUCCAUUACCGUCGACUGGUUGUUCCCUGAACGCGCAAGUCAUCAAUGUUUAAUGCUUGCUGCGCCCCCGAGCACCAUGUUUCAGAUGCAUGCCGUCCGGUCCAUUACCGUCGACUGGUUGUUCCCUGAACGCGCAAGUCAUCAAUGUUUAAUGCUUGCUGCGCCCCCGAGCACCAUGUUUCAGAUGCAUGCCGUCCGGUUUGUUACCGUCGACUGGUUGUUCUUUGUUUCCAGUCAUGAACGUCUACGCGCUUCAUGCCGUCCGUUUUUUUUUUUUUUUUUUUUUUUUUUUUUUUGCUGAGAUGAUGGCUCCCCAUGGAUCGAGACAAGUGGUAUCUAUCGAUCGAGGUGAGACUUUACGGAAUGUGAAGAUGCCUCCUAAGCAAAUAAUGUCGUGCCGUGGGGCUGAUCAUGAUAUGAAGACAUGAAUAAAUCCAAGGGUCUCGCGAGCGCCCUCUGCUCAAGGACAGCGGCAGCAACUGCGGUAGCGGUCCACAAAAUGUAGCCAUGAUGAAAGUCAAGCAACGCUCCUCAUCCGCGCAGUGCGGGGACGAGGCCGCUUUUCAAAGAUGAUAAACACGUAGUGCCGACAGGCCGAUCGUGAUAUGAUGAUGUCGGCAAUGAGAAGCCAACCCGAAAAUCAAGCAACAGUCCUUAUCCGCGUAGUGCGGGGACAAGGCCGGUCUUCAAAAUAUGAUAAUGGCAUCGUACAAGAGGGUCGGUGGCCAUGUAAUGAGGUCGCCACUGGAGGCCGAUCGGAAAGGAACAAGUAACGGUCCUUAUCUGCGCAGUGCGGGGACAAGGCCGGUCUUCAAAUAUGAUAAUGGCACCGUACCAGAGGGUCAGUGGCCAUGUAAUGAGGUCGCCACUGGAGGCCGAUCGGAAAGGAACAAGUAACGGUCCUUAUCUGCGCAGUGCGGGGACAAGGCCGGUCUUCAAAUAUGAUAAUGGCACCGUACCAGAGGGUCGGUGGCCAUGUAAUGAUGUCGGCGUUGGGGGCCGAUCAGAAAUAAAUAAUCAACAGUUCUCAUCCGCGAGGAGCGGAGAUGAGGCCGGUCUUCCAAAUGAUCACCAUGCCGAGCCAGGAGAGUCGGUCGUGGUGAGAGAAAAUUCGGCGCUGGGAGGCCGAUCUGUAAAUCCGAGGGGCUUACAGGCGCCCUCAGCCCAUAAUGUUGCUCUAGGUGCCGA